CAGUGCUCCCACCGACAGGAGCGCAGACAUCCGAUAGCCUGUUGGUGUCAAUGAAUUGGAAACACAAAGAGCAACAACAAAUCCUCCUGUAGCUUGGUGAUGGAUUAUAAGUCGUGUAGACCAGAAUCAACUUUGCCACUGCCUCCGUGUUUCUUUUUUUGGUGCACAUUUAGUCAGCUCCUGACUGCCUCCUUAACAUCUCCAGGCUUUCAGCAUCCAACAGGAUCCACACACGAUUUGAGUGCAUCCUUGUGGUGGACUAAAUGUGUGAGCAGGCAGAGAGAGUGAGAAGGGUGGAGGUCAUCAUGAGGUUUACCUUCCCUGAAGGUGAGAAAUUCAACAGCUAGUGGAGGAUUAUCAGGUUCAGACAGCCUCUCCCUGGAGGAAUGAACGUACACACGUUACGUAAGAACUGCUCUGGGGCCAGUGCUGGACUGCAUCAUGACUCCAGCUGACUCAAAAGAUGAGGCACCAUGAUUUACACUUUUGUACCCAUAUGAACCACAGAACACAAGACUGGGAUGCAGAACCUGAUGAGACGUUUUUGGUAAGGAGUUCACACCAUUUUGGAUUCUGAUUUUUGGUGUUUUGCUUUUUAUCUGUGUCUGUGAAUGGAUUUUAAUGAGGAUCAAGGGAAAGCUGUACGAUAAUCCGUGCAGUUGAGAUAUUUUCAUACUGCUCUGCUGCCUCUGCGGGAGGCAGAAUGGGCCUGUCAUGGGACGGGAGCUCAGUCCAGCCCAGCUUCUCUCUGUUGCUGCAGUAUGACGGCCGUGAGGAAAGACUGAACCACACAUACAACUUGCACAGCUCUGUAAUGCUGCCCUCGGCCUUCGCUUCCCCCACUUACCUCCAUGAUCCUCUGCCCUCUCUGAUGCCCUCCUCUCUUGUUCCAUACUCUUCCCUAACUCCCUCCCCGCUGCUCUCCACCACCUCCUCCUUAUCAUUUCGACAAACCUCCACUUUUGUUUCCUCUUCGUUUCCUUUAUCCCUGUCCACCUUUUCUUCCAAUGACUUGCCAGAUCUGGAGAGCAUGCUGCUCUGGACCCUCCAUGAGCCCAGCACCAUUGCUCUUAUCAUCAUGUACUGCUUUUCUUUCCUUUUGGGAUUCACUGGGAAUUUAAUGUCCCUGCGUGUCCUCACCAACAGGCACAGCCGCCGCCUGGCCAGCGUUAGCACCACACGCAGCCUCCUGGUGAACUUAGCGGUGUGUGACCUGGCUGUGGUGUGCAUAUGCAUGCCCAUCACUCUGGGAAGCCAAAUCUACACGGCCUGGGUCUACGGUGACCUCCUCUGUCGAGCAGUGCCCUUCACACAGGCCAUGUCAGUCUCAGCCAGUGUGUUGACACUGACGGUUAUCAGUGUGAACCGGUACUACAGUGUUAGAUCACCACUACGAGCUCGCUUCAUGUUUACACGGCGCCGGAUCUUGGCAACUCUUGCCAUGGUGUGGACUGUGUCCUUGAUUAUGUGUGCGCCUAUUGCUGUGAUGAACCGGCGGCAGGAAAUCAGCUUUGGGACUUUCACCAUCUUGAUCUGUCAGGAGGAGUGGCCUCAGCAUCGCCUGAAACAGGGAUACAAUGUGCUACUGUUUGUGAUGCUCUACUGUCUGCCAGUGACAUUUAACCUCAUCAUAGGCUUCCUGACCGGCAGGCGGCUUUGGGGAGGGAAAAAGUCCACUUUCUCUGAACUCGAUCCUCGCAGCCAAGCUCUGCACACCUUACGCCUCAAGACUCGCCAGAAGAUUGUCAAGAUGGUGGUGUGCCUGGUGCUGCUGUUUGCAGCCUCCUGGCUGCCGCUCUACUUUACUGAUCUUUGGAUCGACUGUGAGCAAAGGCCGCCGUCUUGGCUGCUGCAGACGCGACCAUUUGCCCAGUGGCUGGGCCUGACAAACUCCAGCCUUAAUCCCAUCUGUUACUGUUUCAUAGGGGAUCUGUACCGCUCGGCAAAGCUGAUACGGAUGCGAUACUACCAGAAAGUCGCCUCUUUCUUUGGCUCCUCCUCAUUCUCCAGCUCAGCUGCAGUAGCGUCUUCUGCUGCAUUUAUUACAGACACUAAAGUGACUCCUGCUGAGCACCACCAUAUUGCUGCUGCUGCGGCUGCUGUAGCAGCAUCUGCAUCCAUGGUUACAAUCCCCAGGCUGCUGAGCUUGGCCCAAGGCCAGGGACUAGGUCGGAAGGUCAGAGACAGUUCAGACAGCCAGGAAGGCUCAGACCACAGUAUCUCAGACUGGUGUCCGUCCAGUCCCAGUGUGUGCGACAGCUCCUUGUUCUCAUGCCAGCUCCACACACUCCAGCACUCCAUACAACAAACCAGCUUCCUUCCCACAAGAAGACACUCUGUGAAUGAGAACACUGGAUCAUUACCUUUAAGAACUGAGUCUGUAGAAAUAGACAUGCUGCCUCUGAGGAGGCAUUCAGGGGAGAGAAUAUAUGGUCUGCCAGCUGACAGGAGAGGCAUUAAAAUGAGCAGAGAAGCUUUCUGUCACACUGGGCAGCACAGAAACAAAACGUCACAAAAAUACUCUCUGGUAGGAGACGAGGAAGAUGAAAGAACCGAUUCGACGAUCCUGUGAAAGCUGCAGAUUAUCAGAUGUAUCAGCAGGGAGGAACGGUUUCUUUUUGUCCUGUCGGCAACAAAAACACACACACACACAGCUCCUGAUUCACAGUUUGCCAUUGACAGCAUGCAUUAAUCUCUUGUAAAAGCCAUUGUUUGUCUGGAGACUAAACUGACCUGGUCUACACUCUCCUCCUUUCUCUGUGUUGUUUUCAAUAAACGAGUCACCGCAGAGUUUACAACUAGUCACUGUAAAUUUGAAUAGACUUUUAACUUAAAUUCUUUUUCUUAAAUUUCCUGGUCUUCACUAUGUUUUCAGUCUGGAGGUUGAACCUUUUUAAGAAAUGAUUUUUUUUUCAGAGGAUCACUGUUGAACCAAGUUUGGCUGAACUUUGUACAUCGAAAGAGAACCAGGACGUGUUUGGACCAAUGAAUUCAGGUGUUUGAAAA